CGUUUGUUUUUCUAACCCUCUCUGUAAUUUAUUCCCUCUCUGUAAUUUAUUCCUUUUAUGGAAAACAAAAGGAUUUGGGAAGGAGAACCAGCUAGGGUUUCUAGCAGUCAUCUUCGAUGGAGGUAAAUCACGGUUUUACUCUUUCUUGGGACCGAACUCAAGGGUUGAGAAUCAGCUAGGGUUUCGAUUUUGCGGGUCUUGCGAUCCAAAUCCCCUGACAUCCGACCUGGUAUACCUGGAUCGUUAGGAUUCCGAGUUAAUAAGUGGAUAGUCUCGAUCGAAAUACUUUCUGAAUUACGGUUUCAUCAGGAGGAAGAAGCCUCCUGGUUUCGACUCGCAUAGGAUGGAAGAAACGCUCAAAAAAAAUUGAUUAAACGUAACUUCAUGUCGCCUAUGAUUUGGUAUUAUUAGAUAGAGGAUUCGGUUCAGCUCAACAAAGUUCUCGUAAACUGGUUGUUCUUGAUCGAAUCUUUGUGAAGUAGGACUUGAAUGUUUGGAAAGAUUCGAUCUUUAAUCUGUUUGAAGAGGCUUCGUUUGUAAUUCUUGGUAGCCAUGCCGACCUUCACGGCAAUCGCCUUGGAUGGGCUAUUGGAGCCCAGUGCGUCUCGGAACCCCACCCUGAGGCCUCCCCCGGUGCCGGUGAAGGUGGAGAAAGCGCCUCCGAUUCCGUCUGGAAAGAAGAGCAUCCCUUGUCCCAAUGUUUUGCCCGCACUCUAUGCCACCCCGGAGACCACUCUGCUUCCUGACAUGCCGUCUUCUUUCCCACCAUCACCUUACAUCAUCAACCACAAGAGGCGCGGCCCCGGCCUUCUCAAGAGCUUAUCCCAGAAUGAUGUCGCUGGGUCCCAGAUGCCGCCGCCGGAAGAAGUGGAGAAGAAGGCUGAAAUGGUGAACGGAAAGGGUGCUGAAGAGACUGCGAAUGGUUUUCAUGAGAAGAAGCUUGAAGGGGAACACAAGGCUGUGAAUGGAAAUGGAAGUCAAGGUGAAUCUGUUUCAAUUGAACAUCACAAGAAGUUUCAAGAUGCUUGGUUGAGUGAUGGCCCUGUUGCAGCUACAGAAGUGGCAAACCCUGUUGCUCUUGAUCCAGAAAAAGAUGGGGAGAAUGAAGAUUUCUUUGAUCCGCAAAACUCAUUGGGCACAACUAGUAAUACGGAGCUUGGUGACGGGUGGAAGCCAAGUACACCUCUUGGGGAGUAUUUUGAUGCCUUUGAAGAGAUUUCUAGCGAGGGUGCCUCCCAAUCUUCAUAUCGAAAUAUGGAAAAUGAACUGCGUGAGAUGAGACUUAAUUUAUUGCUCGAAAUUGAGAGGAGGAAGCAGGCAGAAGAAGCACUGGAGAACUUGCAAAACCAAUGGCAGAUGUUGAGUCAACACCUCUCACUUGCGGGAUUGAGUCUUCCUUCCCCCCCAGCCGUGACAGAUGAGAAGGAUGAACAAUCAUGUAUAGAUCCUGCGGAGGAGUUGUGUCGACAAAUUGUUAUUGCACAUUUUGUGGCUGCUUCUGUGGGAAGGGUUUUUUCCCGUGCUGAAGUUGAGCUGGAGGUGGAACCUUGGAUUGAGGCAAAGAACUUUGAGAUAGCAAGGUUAUGGGAUCGGCUUCAUUAUUAUGAAGCUGCAAACAGAGAGAUGUCUCAAAGAAACCAAGAAGCUGUUGAAAUGGCACGGCAACAGCAGCAUAGGCAGAAGAGGAGGCAGAAAUGGAUUUGGGGUUCAGUUGGUCUUGCUGCUACCCUUGGUGCUGCAGUCAUUGUAUGGUCCUAUCUUCCAGAAUCCAAGCCUUCUUUUCCUGAAGGCAAUACCAUAGACAGCCAUGAACACUGAAAACAGCUAGAUCCGGAUAGUCACAUUCCUCAAUCAAUUCAUAUCUUUUCUCCUAGCAGAAUAAUUAUAGAGCCAGAUAAAGCUGUACAAGAUAUAUGAAGUAGCUCCCAUUACUGAUGGCAGCCUCGAGCUUUUUUAUUUGCCCCCUUCUGCAUAACCUGAGGGGACCAGUUCGAGUUAGGGCUUGCUCUUGUUAUCUGCAACAUAUUAUUCUUCUUGUGCUGCUUAAGUAAAUAAUAGUUCUAUGAGAGCACAUUGAGAAGUGGGCUUGUGUAUUGCUAUGUCUUCUGUUGCAACUCCUUGGAUUGAAUCUCCUGCUUCAACACAAAACGGGAGACUGUGACAGAGCUACUGAGUUGUGAAAACUUGGGUUUUAUAUUUGUAUUUACGUGAAGACCUCUUGGCGUAUGAACUGAUGAUGCUUCCCCGUGGAUGAGGAUAAGGUUAUGAAGUGAAGGUUUGCUGCUUCUGUGCGAUAUUUUGGUGUAAGUUACAUUGGGCAACAUCUGGACAAAAUACAAUAGGCUGGUCCUCUAGCUACAGUGAACGGUUAAAAUCUUUUGUUGGGUCAUCUCUGGAGCUAUGGAACUUGUUCGUCCC